AUGGACGCGGAUUAUGCACCUCCAAAUAAUGGAGCCUCGCUUCGGCGUAACAGAACCCUCAAUAGACCAGAACGAUAUCAACCUGCCGCUCCUUUACUCCCCGGUAAGAAAGAAAGCAAACCUUUCGACUUAUGGGUACUAUUUUCUCGUAUCGUUACUUUUUGGGCUCCAAAUAUACUACUGUCCAAAUGUGGUGGUUUUCCUGAUAAACAAGCUCAACAAGCUUGGAGAGAAAAGGUUACUUUAUGUUUUAUAGCUCUCAUAAUGGGCGCUGUAGUUGCUUUCUUAACAGUAGGAUUUCGACCGGUUCUAUGUCCUGCUGAUUCUGCAAACAAUUCUCAAAACUUUUUACAUUAUGGUACAAAUGGCGGUUAUCUCGGAAUCUUGGGAUGGCAAGUUGAAGUAUCUAAUGCUCAAAAUCCAAGUAAUUUUAGUUUUAUUAGUCUGGCACGCCAACAAAGUGGUCAAGAUAUUACAAACUUUUUCAAAAGAAAUAACUCUGAAAUAGCUAGUUGUCAACUCAAUUCGGUCAAACAAUUCGCUGCUUGUACUCAACAACUUUGUUCUGAUUCCACUAGUUCUUCUACUUGUCCUCUUGAAAAAUUUAAUCUUGCAACAUUUCAAAGUUAUAAUUUAAAAAAUACUUCAAAACGUGUUGGUUUUGAUUACACAGACCUUGGAUCUCCUGCUUUAAAAAAUUAUUUCGUUAUUGAUGGUGCCGUACUCAACUUAAAUCCAUAUAUUAAAGCUCAUCCAAGUCCAACGGGUGAUUUACUUGAUAAAAUGAUUCGUAGUGUUCUAAAUACUAAAAAUCCAGCAGGUGGAAAAGAUCUUACUCGACUAAUUUUUGGAAAAGAUUCAACAAAACAAGCUAUGCAAUGUCUUAUUCAAAAGUAUUCUGCUGGAAAUAUAGAUAAACAAACAAUUGGUUGCUUUACUGCUGAUGUUUUCAAUUACAUAAUGUUAAUAGUUAUUUUAGGAAUAGUAAUGGUUCGAUUUUUAAUGGCUUGUGUUUUCAAUUGGUUUAUAUCUUUUCGUCUCGCUCAUGAACCAACUCAACCAAAGAAACAAAAACAACCACCACCAUCUCAAAUAUAUGGAAGACGUAAUGCUCCAUGGAUAUAUCGUAAUACUAAUUCGGUUAUCAACGCUAUAAAUUUAGACAAAAUUGGCAAUGAUCUUUACACUGUCUUAUUAGUAACUUGUUAUUCUGAAGGAAGGGAAGGUUUAGAACUUACGUGCGAAUCUAUGGCCGCAACUGAUUAUCCUGAUGAUCGUAAAUUAUUAUUCCUUAUAUGUGAUGGUUUAAUAACGGGUACUGGUAAUGAUAAAAGCACUCCUGAAAUUUGUAUUGAUCUUAUGCAACUUGAACCCGAGUUUAGAAAUCCGCUACCUCAAAGUUAUAUUGCUGUCGCUGCCGGUUCUAAGCAACAUAAUAUGGCAAAAGUUUAUGCUGGACAUUACUUAUACAAAGAUCGACGUGUACCAAUGAUUACAGUCGUAAAAUGUGGUAAUCCAGAUGAAGAAGGCCAAAAAAAACAGGGUAACCGUGGCAAACGUGAUUCGCAAUUAAUUCUCAUGAAUUUCUUUAGUCGAGUCACUUAUAAUGAUCGUAUGACUCCAUUGGAUUACGAUUUAUUCAGAAAGAUUACCUAUUUGAUGAAUGUGACUCCCGACUUUUUUGAAACUGUAUUGAUGGUGGAUGCCGAUACUAAAGUUUAUACAGAUUCUUUAAGAUUAUUAAUUAAUUGUAUGUGCAAUGAUCGACUUAUCAUGGGUCUUUGUGGUGAGACAAAAAUUGCAAACAAACGGGAUUCUUGGGUUACCGCUAUUCAAGUUUUUGAAUAUUACAUAUCUCAUCAUUUGGGUAAAGGUUUUGAAUCUGUAUUUGGUGGUGUUACUUGUUUACCUGGAUGUUUCUGUAUGUAUAGACUUAAAGCUCGUAAAGGUGAUGACGAUUGGGUUCCAAUUAUUACAAAGCCAGAAAUAGUUCAAGAAUACUCUCAAAAUAUUGUUAAUACUUUACAUCAGAAAAAUUUAUUACUUCUUGGUGAAGACCGUUUUUUAACUACCCUUAUGUUACGAAAUUUCCCUUACCGAAAAAUGACUUUUUGUCCACAAGCUAUUUGUAAAACUGUUGUUCCUGAUUCAUUCCGUGUUUUACUUUCUCAACGUCGUCGUUGGAUUAAUUCAACAAUACAUAAUUUGAUGGAAUUAGUUCUUGUUCGUAAUCUUUGUGGUACUUUCUGUUUUUCCAUGCAAUUUGUUGUAUUCAUGGAGUUGAUGGGUACUGUGGUUUUGCCAAUUGCCAUAGUAUUAACAUUUCUAUUAAUCGUUUCGAGCAUUCUUCAUCCUCCGAGUGGUUUCGCUGAAGCUAUUCCUUUAAUGAUGUUAGCGGCUGUACUUGGAUUACCCGCUAUAUUAAUUUUGAUUACUACACGAAAACUUAUUUAUAUUGCUUGGAUGAUGGUUUAUUUAUUAGCUUUACCCAUAUGGAAUUUUGUUCUUCCAACAUAUGCUUAUUGGCAUUUUGAUGAUUUCUCAUGGGGUGAAACAAGAAAAGUUGAAGGUGAAGAAAAAGGUGAUAGUCAUGGUGGAAAAGGUGGUAAAUUUGAUCCUUCUCAAGUUCCAUUUAAGCGAUGGGAAGAUUGGGAACGUAAUAGACUUCGUAAAUUGAGACGUCAAGAACGUCAACGUCAAAAUGAAAAUGAUCCCAAUUUUCUUCCGGUUAAUGAUCCAUAUGAUACAUCAUCCGUUGCCUCACGUAGCUCUACAAAUGAAAUUGCACAACAAAAUCAAUUUUAUGAUUAUUCUCAAUCUCAUCCAAGACAGCAACGUCAUGAAUUUUAUCAACCAGAAAAUCUACGACUUAUUAAUAAUGAUGGAUCUAAUACAAGUGUAGAUAGUUGUGACACCAACGAUGGUAAUGGCCGUUAUUAA